UUCAGAGACAAAGAACAUAAUGCUGAUGGGAAACCAUAUAUUGAAAAUAAACACCUGGACAUUUCCGAGGUUUAAGAGUAUUGUUUCCCUGGACCUGUCCUACGGCUGGCUGCACGAAGUAGAAGGGAACACAUUCACUUACAUGCACACUCUGGAGCACCUGACUCUUCAGCAGCACCACUCUGUGCUAAUGGUGGGAUCCCAGGCCUUCUACCCACUUUAUAAGCUGAAGUCUCUGAGAAUUGGCAAAAUCCAAACACAAGACAUGAAGACUAUAUUCUUUGAUCUACGAAAUAGCCGGCUGGAUACUCUGGGUCUGUACAGAAUAGAUUUUGAGACAAUGAGGAAGCCCAUGUUUGAGGACGUUGGCCAGUGCCCCCUGAAUACCUUGGAAAUAUUUUCCUCAUCCAUAAACCUGAUAGAUGACUCUGCCUUUUCUGAUCUGCAGAAGCUGAGAGAGCUUCUGGUGAAAGAGUCCUCAAUAAAAACCAUUCACCCGAAUGCUUUGAUGAAACUGCAUGCCCUUGAGUGCUUGACCCUAGAGGGGUGUUCGCUGGACCAGAUGCCAUCUGGUGUCCUGGACUCCCUGACCAACCUGCAGGUUCUUAAUUUAAGAAGAAACAUGCUGCAGACCCUCCCAGCAGAGCUGUUCAAAUACAAUGGGAAGUUGCUCCACAUCGACCUCAGUCUCAACCGCCUCCAGACUCUGCCCGAAGGCAUCUUCAGACUCUUCCCGUCCACUCUUUACGUGAACCUCAGCGGGAACUAUUUCACUUGCGACUGCAGCCUGGCCUGGGCUUCUUUCUGGGUGAAGUCCCUGGGAAACACAACCAAUGCAGAGGAUUUCAUGUGCUUCGCCCCUGUAGAGCUUCGUGGCAAGCAUUUGAAGGAUUUUAAUCCCAUAUGCAUUCCUGAAUAUGUAUGGUAUAUUCUCAUAGUCAUCCUCGGAAUGACUGUCUUGUCGACUGUGGUUGUCCUGCUUUAUGUGUACCGUUGGAAGAUCUACUAUCAGUGGUACCUGCUGUUGUCCAAGAGGAAAGACACAGAAGUCUGGGAGAACAACCCCAGGUUUAAGUAUGAUGCUUUUGUUGCCUACUGCGAGAGGGAUUUUGAAUGGGUAAUCCACGAGUUGAUUCCCAACCUAGAGAACAACGCCGGUCUUCCGAACGUGAAGCUGUGUGUGUCGGACAGAGACUGGGACCUGGGAGGCAACAUCCUGGACAACGUGGAGAGCAGCAUUCAGAGAAGCAGGAGGACCAUCUGUGUGAUAUCCACGAACUUCCUGAAGAGUGAGUGGUGCAAGCUGGAAAUGAGCCUGGCACACAUGCAGCUCUUCUCAGAGAACAGAGAUGUCUUGGUUUUCGUAUUCUUGGAGAAGAUCCCUGUUGAAAGGUUGUCCCAGCACCAGAAGCUCCGCAGGGAAAUGUGUAAGAAAUCCUGCCUCGACUGGCCGGGAGGAGAAACAACUGCUCAGAAAGUCUUCUGGGAGAAACUCAGAUCUCUCAUUUUCAAAAACCCUGUGGUCCAACAAAUUUAAACUAAAUGAAAAAUCUACAGUGGUUCAUUAACAACAGUGGCAAAAAAAAAAUAGAAAUGUGUUAUGUUAAGACAAUUGAAACCAUUAUCCCAGGAUAAAUUAUAAAACAUAAAUAACUGGUUAUAAAAAUAGCAUAAAACAAAAAUAUAACAUAACUUAUGCAAUGUGAAAGUGCUUUGAGUGAAACAGUUCAAAGGCUCUGUCUGUCUGUUCAGAGUUCUAUUACAGCUUUCUAAGUACAAUCUAUGCAGAAAACACGCUUUUCAACUGUACCAGUGCAUUUGCCACAGACUGCCUUUUCACAAUGGGCGCAGACAUCAAAAGUUAUGUUUUUAUUGCAUUUAGCAACCUGGCAUUGUCUUUUAUUCAGUGCGCCAGUGGGCGCAGCGCUGGCUGAAGGUUGAGGGGCAUUUACCAGCCGGCUUUCGUGUCUCUUAUCAAAAUGUUUCUGCCGUAGCUCCAGGGUUAGCUGCAAAAUGAAGUCCCUCUGAGUGAUUGUGUUGCUGGUGCACUCCUUGUACAAAACCAAAGCGUUGAUGGAUGCCAGGUCCAAAACAUUAUAAAAAAAACAGCCACAGACCACCUGCGAGUACCACCUUUGAAUACAGCAGAAUACAGCCGUGCCAUUUGAUCCAUUAUAUCCACACUGUACUUCAUUGUGUUGUAAAAUGCAACAGUCUCUAGCUUUCGUUUAUUAUUAUUAUUAUCAUUAUUUAUUUCUUAGCAGACAGCCUUAUCCAGGGCGACUUACAGUCGUAAACAAAAUACAUUUCAAGAAUCACAUGAUGGUCACUGAUCUGUGCAGAGAGCUUAGAAUACGCACUUUUUAAAAAAAAAAGUGCACCGUCACACUCAGGGUGGCACAGUCGUUCUGCCUGAGAAAUGUAGUGUAAAUAAUAAUAAUAUAUGGUGUGUAGAAUGGCUUUCAUCAGUGUUUCAAGCACUCAGCAGGAUUAUAAUAUGUUAUUUCACAAUGACUUUUAUUUUAUUACAAAGCCCAGACUAAAUUGUCGGCUAUAUUGUAUUGAUUUCAAUAUGCCGCAUAAACUGCGGGUCUGGCGGUUGAAGAAGCAAGUGCUUAUAACUUAUUCAUUUUUACGAUUCUGCAGCUGAAACAUCGUAUGGGUAUUUAAUUCAAAUAUUUAGUAACACUUAAGAACGGACAUGCACAAGAUAUUCUCAUAUGCGGAGAUAUUUAAAUUUGAAUUGCAAAAGCCGUUCAAAUAGCGGCUAUGGCGGUGCUAGUGUUAAGACUAAUUUAGAGACUCUGCUUUUCCAACAAAAUGUUCCUUAUGUUCCUUUGUCAAGGUAAUUUAUUCCAGAACCAAGCAACACCAGUGUAACAGUAAGCCUGAAUACCUUUAAUUCAAGGAAGACUUAUUGACAAACCAUGAUCCAGACUUCACUUGUACCACUGUAAAACUGUGUUGCACCACAGUCACUAAUUCACGCACUAACCAGACCUGUGUAUGUGUUUUGUGUUUAAUGUGGGGAUACAAGAAUGGGACUAUUAUUUUGCGACCAGCUUGGGGGAUUAUAAAUGUAAGUAAUACCAUUACCUUCAUUAUUAUUUCCUGUUUGUUUCACAGUCAGGCACUGGACAAAAACAACUAAAAAAACAAACCUUUUACCUGGAUUACAAUUGUCUGUCUGUUCUUUAAUCACCUGCACCUGUACACUAUUAACCACUUUGCCACAGGGAGGUAAAAUUGGCAUUAUCGGAAGUUGUCUCACAGGGCUCCAUUCUCGGUCCCUUGUUGUUUUCGUCAUAUAUGCUACCGUUAGGUGACAUUAUCUGCAGACAGGGAGUGAACUUCCAUUGCUGUGCUGAUGAUACCCAGCUAUAUUUGUCCCUAAAGCCAGGAAUUUCUUCUGCCUGGGUGCUAACUACUUGCCUUACACGCAUCAAGCAUUGGAUGUCACAGAUAUUUCAGGAAUGGAGCAUUGCCUUUUAAGAGCCACAACUUAAUCAAGAGUCCUUGCUGUAAUUGCAUGCAAGCUGCAGUUUUAAGCCGUGAUUUUGAGAGAAUCUCUUCUAGUUAAUUCUAUAGAAGUUGUUUUAACUAGUUACUCAAAUGCUAUUAUUGUU